CACAAAGGUGUCGCUGAGCCGCCUCUGACAGGUACCAUGUCGCCAACAAGAGGUCCGUGGCGUCCCGUAGCACGUCUAGAACCCGUUUUUUCUGUGUCUAGACUCUGAGGAGUUGACGGGGGAAAUGCUCCUGGGUUUCGCCAUCGACCUUCUCCAGGACGGCUGCAGCGAACGGGACUGGACCGGACCUCAUAGCAGCCUGCUAGCUGGCAGUUGUGAAAGUGUGAUGUCACGGCAUGAAGACUGACAGUUAAGCAGAGUCCUUCGCCCCUUCCGCUGAGAUAAGACAGUUUUCCCGAUAUUCUUCAAGACUAUGUCAAGAUGACUGACCGAAAGGAGCCACCCUUCUAUAAUGACGACAGAUUGGGAGCUUUUCACUACAAGCUUCCUGUCUACGACACAAUGGAGCUCUUCAUAGAGACUUUGACAGGGACCUGCUUCGAGUUGCGUGUUUUACCUUACGAAGCGGUCGUUUCAGUCAAGGCAAAGAUACAAAGGCUUGAAGGAAUCCCUGUCGCCCAGCAACACCUUAUAUGGAACAAUCUGGAGCUUGAUGAUGAGCACUCGCUACAUGAUUAUGGCAUUGCAGAGGGCUGCACUUUGAAACUGGUGCUGGCGAUGAGAGGCGGUCCAAUUAACACCAGAAGAGUAACCAUGGAGGAUCCCAUCAAAGAUGUUGCCGACAUGAUGGACAGCACAAAAGAAGAGAAUUGGGAGAAAAACCUGAACAACAAGCAGGUCACCUUUGUGGUCUAUCGGGAGGGUGAGAAGUAUAACUUCUUCCGUGUGGUGGACCGGGGCGACGGUACCUUGACUCCGCUCUCUGAAUCAGUGAGUGGCGGGUCGGUGUACAACAUGUACACAGAGGAAGAGGAGGGAGAGAGUUCUGCAGCUGCACAGCAGAGCCUGGAAAACCUCAUCACCAUGAACAAAAUGAAGCAGCUCAAAGCUAAAAUGGAGGACAUGAACCUUAAUAAAAAGCCCAAGAAGUCGAUUAAGGUGAAGCCAAGGCCUCUCGUCAGUCCCCAUUCCUGCAGUAGCUCUGGACCUCCUGGCACUCGACACCAUCGUCGCCUCUUUCAUUCACUCCCCCACAAUAACCAGCCUUGGCAAGCAAACGCACAUCUACCUCCAAUUGCAGACCAUGAGCCUGCAGACUCUGCCCUUCCACCUGCUCCAGUAACGUCCUCCCACCGUCCGUUAUCAAGACCAGCCCCUAAUUUGUUUCCCUCGUCGUCCUGCUAUAUGUUGCAGGAGAAGGAUCAGUGGGAGACAUGCCCUUCUUUUUCGAAAAUCCGGCCUCCUCCUAAAGUUUCUCGGUUAGACAUCGGCAGCACCAGACUCAUGAGAGACUGCGUUUAUCCCCAGUUACCACCCUUGUGCACAAGGAGACCUCCUGAAGGAUUUGAUCCUCCUAAACCCGUUGGGGAGACAUUUGGACUGAGUUUGUUGGAAGAAUCUGCUGGAUUUGUGGCACCAACACAGCCAGUAACUCCAUUUGGGGAACUGCCUGAUCCUCUUAGUCUGGAUUUAUCCAGUCAGCCUGAGGAAGGUUUCCAGCCCUUCGAACUGGGCACUCACUCCCCUUCCCCUCUCAGUACCUGGACACUUGGACCCAGUGAAACUUUUACCAGCAGAGCAGAUAGAACUCAGCUGGGCACAUCUUUUUAUAUCAGCCCUCCCUCCCCCUCUGCUGCCCCGAGGUCCACACCAACUCCCACCGCACUGUUACCUCAGUGUUUUGACACCUCCUCGCUCCAGACCCCUGCUGUUGAAGCUAACUCCUGUGCCCUAGUCAGACCUGGCAACACGUCCCCGCUUCCCUCCGCGAUAUCUCAUCCGCCGCGCCUCCGCGGAGUCAGAGUGGAAUCACCUGGCCAGAGGCCAGAGCUCAUUUCCAAGAGGGAAGCAAGAGGCAUCACUAAGAUGGCCAACCAAGCUUGUAAGGAGCCGCUGGGGUCCUUGAACAACUCCGAGCUCAUGGCUUCACUUGCCGCCGGGGCUGUGGAUGGAAGAAGCAGCAGGGCAAGAGAUGGGGAGAGCUCUGAACUUUCACAAACUUUACAUCCUGCUGCUGCCGUAGGACAAAGCAUUUCUGGCUCCAGACUUUCAUCCGUCUCAUCCCACCAGAUUGCAGCCCCUUACAUGAACAAUCUUGCACCAGGUGGUGGCGUUGCUUUGUUUGGAAGGAUGGGACCUGCGAAAUACCACCUACCUUCAGUCAAGAAUCUUUCAGGCACCAAGAAGAAAAGCUCCAAACACUGCUUCCUUUGUGACAAGAAGACUGGCCUGGCCACCAGUUAUGAGUGCAGGUGUGGUCACAACUUCUGCGCCACUCACCGCUAUGCUGAGACACAUGACUGCACUUUCGACUACAAGAGUGCCGGAAGAAGGUUUCUGCUGGAGACAAACCCUCUUAUCAGUGCACCCAAGCUGCCUAAAAUCUAGACUCUACGACUGUGAGUCGCUGAGGUGAAAAUGAGGACGGAUUUAUCUCACCACUGUGUGCUUUUUUUUGUUCUAUCUGCCAAGUUUGCUGAAUAUUCUGUGAAGCCAAGUAUGAUCAGACUGAUCAAACCAUCUUGGCUCGGCGACGUGAAGCUGUUUCCGUUUCCCGUUUGCUUUUGUAUAAAUGCAAAAUAACUGCAUGUAAGUAUGUAGAUUCUCUGCUGCACGCCGCUACAUAUCGACUUUUGUGUUUUCAGCCUUAAAAAAAAUAGCAGGCCGUUUCAUUUGACAAGAGAACAGAUGCACUUUAGAAAUGUCAUAUUUAUUAUUUUUGACUUCCCUGGACACCGGAUUAUGGAUCUACACGUGAAGAUUUUCUAACCAAUUAUGUGAAGCAUUUAAUCUUUCGUACCGCUGGACAUCAUCACCGGCCACCAGGAGCCAACUUGUUAACCCGUUUAUCGUUAAAUAAUUAAUAUUUAUUAUUCAAAAACGGAAUUAUUUAAACUGGGUUUGGUUGUUGGAUAGCAGGUAUGCAGCUUGUGUUUGUGGGCGUGUUGGUUGUUGUUCCUAGGCCUGUUUGUGUUGACGUGGAGGGUUGAUUGUGACGUCCAUGAUGUGUCUGUUAUUGCCAUAAAAACUUUUCUAAACCUUUUUUUAAUUGUUGAGCUGUUACGAGGAAUUCACAUGCUGUUGAUGUGUCUACAAGGGUUUGUUCUAAUAAAGAUUCUUUCUAAAUUCA